AUGGCUGUUAGGCUUGCCUCUGAGGCAUACUUUGGCAAAGAAGUACUGCAAAAGUCUACAGUCUAUGGACAGCAAAGUAAUACUCCAUUACCAGAGGACAAAGUCAGGGCCCUUAAGAAGAAGAUCCUUAGUUUGCAUCCCAACUAUGUUGAUACACCAGUUGAAUUUGAACCAAUCUGGACGAAUAAAGCCUAUGAAACGAUCCGAGACUCUGGCUGUAUAGCACUCCCUUCCCAGCGCACAUUAAGGGAUUAUUCUAAUGCCGUUAAGGCUGAGGCUGGCUUUUCAUCUCAAGUUGAUAACCAACUGCUUCUGGCGUCUAAACUGAUGACCUCAGCCAAGUAUCACAAUCUAAUUGUAGUUCUUAUUGACGAAAUGCAUAUUCGAGAGGAUCUUGUGUACAAUAAGCAUACAGGUAACUUGGUAGGGUUCACAGACAUAGGGGAUAUCAAUAAUCAUCUGAUGCGUUUUAAGAAGUCUUUAGACUCCGAGAACACCCCACCACCUUUAGCCAAAUCUAUGGUUUCUUUCAUGGUAAAGGGAUUAUUUACUUCUCUUAAAUUUCCUUAUGCACAAUUCCCCUGUGUGAGUUUGGUUGGUGAGCAACUAUUUCCUUUAUUUUGGGAAGCUGUAUUUAGAUUGGAGCGUAUUGGAUUCAAGGUUAUUGCAACUACAUUUGAUGGGACUUCCGUUAACAGGAGAUUGGUGGCCCUACAUGAUCUGUCAGAUAAGCUCGUAUACAAGAUUCUUAAUAUACAUGCCGAAGAGAAAAGAUAUAUUUAUUGUUUUUCUGAUCCUCCUCACCUAAUCAAGACAGUCCGGAAUUGCUUUGCUUCAAAAAAACAGAUUUUUAUGGAACAAUGGCUCAAACAUUUCUUGGCAACAUGUAGUGGACCUAUAUAAAAGAGAUCAUGGGAAAGGGUC